AUUUAGGCAAUACAUUUUAGACGGGUUAUAUUUCUGAACAUUGUGUUUGGAAAAAGUGAACGCAAAAUUUAGUAUAGCAGUCUUUGGUAUUUGGCUUAUUCCCGUAAUGGCGUUAGGACGGGAAAACAGGAAGACAAACAAAAAAUAGCAUUUGGCGUUGAAAAACAUAUAAUACAAUAACAUAGAGUACGAUUCGCUACACAAUAAUCACUGCCAUGAAGUAUUAUUUCUUGAGGAAUGCAUCUACGUAUCAUGUAGCGUUUGUCGAAGUGCCUAUGUUGCUCCAGCGGUCUUUGAUUUUCAUCGCGAAAAUAGAUGACAGCAGGAAUUAUUUGACUUGAUAGCCUUUAAGGUGUUUUAUACCUGUAUGCAGUAUGUUGUUUUGCCAGCUACCUGGCAGGUUUUGUUUUUACAUGAGAACCUGGCGUUUAGUUAGGGUGGUAACAUUACUGCUGCUAGCCGUUUCUUAUUGUGAGUUCUUCCAUUACUACAUGGUGCUGCUGCUAUGCACGUGGCCCUCCGUGUCAAGUGUGCAAGGGUUCCAGAGUCAUCCCCUCAGGGCCAUGUUUAUUGGGGACACACAUAUAUUAGGCUCAAACGCCCACUGGUUUGACAAGCUGAGAAGGGAAUGGAUGAUGACCCGAUCUUUCCAGGCCAGCAUGUUGAUCCACAGUCCCGAUGUGGUCUUUGUCCUAGGUGAUUUGAUGGACUAUGGAACAGAAAGCAGUAGCACAGAGUUCGAGUAUCAUGUCCAGAGAUUCAAACGCAUGUUCUCAACUCCUUUCACUACCCGCACAGAGAUCAUAGUUGGCAAUCAUGACAUUGGAUUCCAUCAUAUGAUAAAUGAUAAAAGGUAUGAAAGGUUCAAGGAAGCAUUCAGUGCUCCGUCUGUUCGUCUUAUCUCAGUGAAGGAUGUGAUAUUUGUCAUGGUGAACAGUAUGGCCCUUCACGGGGAUGGUUGCAGCUUUUGCAAGGAGGCCGAAGAUGCCUUGAAGAAUAUUAAAUGGCAGCUCAAGUGCUCUAAGGGCAAACUGGAUCAAGAAAAGGUAGCAGAGAUCUGUGAAAAACUUGACAUUAUGAACUACUCCAGGCCUAUAUUGUUACAACACUUUCCUCUGUACCGGACGUCUGACUCUAACUGCUCCACACCAGACGCUGCCCCGCUCGAGGAGAUUGACAUCCCUUUCCGGAUCAAAACAGACUGCCUGUCCAAGGAAAGCACAGAUUUGCUGUUUGAGCUGUUAAACCCUCGGCUGGUUGUCAGUGCGCACACACACCACGGGUGUUACCGCCUCCAUGACAACGGCAUACCAGAGUACACUGUGGCCUCUUAUAACUGGAGAAAUAAACAUAAUCCAACAUUUUUCUUGGCAGAAUUAACAGACCAAGAUUUCAUCAUCAACAGAUGUUCCCUGCCUGAUGAACAUACUGUUUUUACUUUAUACGCCAUUUUUGCCAUUCUGUUAGUAAUUGUUAUAAUUAUACCGCCCAAAAAACAGAAACCUAAUUUAGGAAAGAGUUUCACCCCCUCCAACAAGGACCACUAGCAUUUAUUGAUAUUUUAUAGUACUUCAUCAAGUUCAUGUACAAUUUACUUUUAUUGCAUAAACCUAACUAUCCAUUAAGUGUCCUUACACCUUUAAAGAGAGCCCCACAAAAACCAGGAAUUCCAGAUGAAUAUGCUGGGUGUCAAAUAGGAACUUAUAAUAAAGAAUAUGGAUAUACUGACAUGACUUAAGCAUUGUCUUGUUUAAGACAAAUGACUUAUUUUUGUUGAUGUAAAUUAAAUUUUAUUCUGGGUUUCACUGCUUCAUGUAAAGUGGUAAAGCACAAUCUCUUACUAGAACAAAAAGUGCCGGAAAUAAAGCUGCAAAUGAGAAAGCAAUAAUGGCUUUAGGAAUGUUUUGUUUUAUAACUUGUGCUUUUCAUGACUUAACAAGUUAUAUCUUGCCUAUGUAUCAUUUUGAAAUCAUAGUUUGAAGUUAAUAGUUAUAUAUAUUAUCAAGACUGUUUACAUGUACCUAUAAAAUCAUCAUUGUUAGUUAAAUGUUAUAUAUAUUUAAUCUGUUUACGUGUACCUAUAUUUUUCAUCAACAUUCCAUUUGUAAAGAAAUGUCAGGUAUAGUUUUCGACACCCUUUUGUUGAUUUGUUAUCCCCCGCCAUAGGCGGAGGGAUAUUGUUUUGGCGUUGUCCGUCCAUCCAUCUUUCCGUCCGUCCGGCACUUUUGUGUCCGGAGCCAUAUCUUGGAAAUGCUUUGGCGGAUUUCAUUGAAACUUGGUAUGAGUAUAUAUAUAUAUAUAUAUAUGGAUAAGAGGAUGAUGCAUGCCAAAUGGCAUUGUACACCAUCUGUUAAUAAUGGAGUUAUUGCCCUUUUUAUCUUGAAAAAAUGCUUUUUUGAGUGUCAAAUAUAACACUUUUGUGUCCAGAAGCUUAUUGGAGGGUGAUAUCAAUUCAACGAAUUUGCUUGUUGUUGGUGAAUUAUCAUAUGCAUAAUUACAUGAUUUUUGACAGAUAUAUUCUGAUUUCUAGUAAUUGAGAAUAUGUAUGUGUAUAUGGCAUGAUUGAUAUUUAUUUAUUGAGGCUGGUUAUGUUUAGACAAAGUAAAACAAAAAUACUCUUAUUGUCUUUGAUGCUUUGAUGUCUCUCUUAGUAAGACUUCUUAAUUGAUUUUUGAAAGUGUUUAUUUAAAUACCUAAUUUAAAAACUGUUUCGUAUUCCUAUGCACUUAUUGAGAAAAAAACUUGAAUCUAAAUAAUUUACAUUUACAAAAAUCAGAAGGUUUGUGAUUGGAAAUACCAUGAUAAUACCAACGAAUCAACAGAUUUUAAUCUUAUGGUGAAUUGAAAAAAUCUUAGAUUGCUGUGCUUAAUGACUGUUGGAUUUUAUUAUAAUUGAGCAGAUAAAGGGUGAUAUGAAGGUAAUGCACAUUUUUGUUUACCUGACCACAUGCUCAUGGUGACUUUUUGUGCUCCCCUUUUGUCCAUUAUUUUCCAUGCAUUGUCAACAUUCUCCUUGUUAACACUCUGGAGGCCAUAUUUAUUGUCCAACCUUCAUGAAACUUGAACAGAACAUUAGUAGUAAUGAUAUCAUGGACGAGUUUAAAACUUUGUUAGUCAGGUCAAAAACUAGGUCAGCAGGUCAAAAUAAAGGAAAAACACUCCAGAAUGGCAUUUAUUGUUUAAAUUUAAUUGAAAAGUGUCAGAACACUCUUUCAAAUGAUAUAUCAGCUAAUUUUCCUUAUAUGACUAUAGUAAAACCUUGUUAACACUCUAGAAGUCACAUUUAAGCACUUCAUGAAACUUGGUCACAACAUUUGUUUAUAAUAUCUUGGCUAACUUCGGAAAUGGUUCAGGUUUGCUGAAAACAUGGCCUCCAGUUGAUGGGGCAGUUUUCUUUACGUUGCUAAAAUACAACCUUGUUUACACUUUAGAGGUCACAUUUUUAGUCUAAUCUUAAUAUCCAGUCUGUAGAAAAACUUGGCCGCCAGGGUGUGGAGCAGUUUUCCUAAUAUAGUUAAACGUUACCUCUCUAGAAGUCACAUUUAUUUUCCAGUCUUCAUCGAACUUGGUCAAAUAAUUUAUUCUAAUGAAUUCUCUGCUGAGUUAGUUGUUUAACUUUGUUUACGCUCUAUUGGCAACAUUUAUUGACCAAUUUUCAUUAAACUUUUUCUGAGAUGGAAAUGGUAAAUAAAAGCAUGUUAACAAUCUAGAAUUCUUUUUUGUCCAAUCGUCAUAAAACUCCGGCAGAACAUUUGUUCCAAAUGAUAUCUCAGCCAAGUUAAAAAAUAACAUUAUAUAUAGAAAUUAAAUUAAAAUGUUUGAUGAGAAACUUUUUUUUCAUUUUUUAACUCCAUCUUCUGUGGUGAGUUCCUCGGAACAAAUUCCCUUCUUGUUAAUUCUGUUUUCACUCUCAAACAGGAGACUCCUGCAUUGUAUGCAAUGCAGUCAAGCCUUGUUACUGUUAAAAUAUUUCAUUGAACAAAUGUUAAGAAAGUUUUUGUGUUAACAUGAGCAAUAAGGCCCUAGUUCAUCCCUGUUUUUUUUAUAAUAAUGGGCUAUCAUUCUAAAACGAAAAGUUUUCAUGUGCGUGUAGUAUUAAUAAUAAAAUGGAGUUAAAACUGUAUUCUUGUGAGUAUCGUAAAUGAUUGGUGACAGAAUUCAAAACUUGAUUGGGAAGAAAUUUUUGAAAUUAAGAGUAAAAGGACUGCCAGAGAGUAAAAGGACUGACAGGCUCAUAGUGCAAUGAUGAGCAAACAAAAUAAUAAUAUGUUCUACAUAUAUGUAUUAUGAAUAAAACAUAUAAUAUACA